CUGACUAUAAGAACAAACAUAGCUGGUGGCCCUCCAGCUGGUUCAGUUCUUUUCAAUACAGAAAAUGGAACAGCACUAGCUGGGAGUGACUAUUCCUCUACCUCGAAUAGCAUUUCAUUUGAAGCUGGAUUAUUUGCAACCACUGUUGAGGUUCCAAUAAUAGUUGACCAAGUUGCUGAGGGAGAAGAGGUCUUCUAUGGCACACUAACUACCAGUGACAAUGUUUUGAUAACGGAGAGCAGAGCUGACAUACAUGUCAAUGACAAUGACAUUCGGGUGUGGUUUGAACCGUCUUCCUAUACCGUGAAUGAGGAUGCAGGAACGGUAACUCUGACCAUCAGAACAAACUUUGCGGGAGGACCUCCGCCUGGAUCAGUGACGUUUACCACAGUCAAUGGAACAGCUACUGUUGUUAGUGACUACACAGAGACAUCGUCUAACAUUGUCUUUGGAGAAAACUCCCUUACCACAACCGUGACUGUCCCGAUAGUGGACGAUUCAGUUGGAGAACAGGAAGAAGUAUUCUAUGGAAGCUUAAGCAUUGUGGGGAAUGCCAACGUUCGAAUAUCUCAAGACAGAGCUGACAUCAACAUCAUUGACAACGAUGUACGAGUAUGGUUUGAGCCGACAGCAUACUCUGUUGAUGAGAGUGCAGGGAGAGUCACGCUCAUUGUAAGGACUAACGUCCCUGGAGGACCGUCUGAUGGUGAAGUAGAGUUCCACACAGUGAAUGGUACAGCAAUC